CCCACCUCCUCCAUGUAUCAAGGGAGAGACGCAAAGUAAAAUCAAGACAACCGUUUCACCCAACCAGUGAAACAAUUUGUGGAAAGCCGCUGGGAAAAGAUAUCGGUCAUUCACGCCAAGCUAAAGCGCGAGAAGAAGGUAGAGAAACACAAGAAGGCCAAAGCUCACGAUGUUGCUGUAAAAGCGGCUCUUGAGCUCGGCGAAGAGUCUCCGGCAAGGGAGAUGCCGCGCACGAUAGAGAACACUGGGGAGGCACUGUGCAACCCCGGCGACGAAGAGCUCUUUGCGAGCAACGUUGUGGAACAAAGCAGAGUGCUUUGAAAAAAUCUAAUUCCUAAGUGGUUUCUUGAAGAAGUAUCUAGGGUGGGACGAGAACAAACUACACUUAAUGUGAAACACUUACAGCUAGCCUUGUUCUAUAACCCGCGUUUGGAUAACAUAUCAGCUUGCUUUCACUUGUUGUAGAUGUGCCCAAAGUUAACCAACUUUGACAUACAUUUAAGGUUUUCCUUAGUUCGGGUCAUUUGCAAGGGCAGGACUAUUGGAGGAUUUGGAGCUCCCUAAGCAUACUAUUACGCAUGAGUUACGUUUAUUAUUAUUAGUAACUAUUUCCUUAGAGAAAUAUUGUGUAAUUAAGUAGGUUAUUUCCUACUAGGAUUCUUUCCUAGUUUUCUUGGCAAUUUAGCCGACCUAGGCUUCUAUAUGUACGUGUGCUACGCAUGAACUUGGAAUGACAGAUCUCAAUACAAUAUUCUGGUUCCUUUAUUGUUCAUCGAUUACCAACCGUGAUAUGGUAUCAGAGCCCCAAAACUGAAGCAUGGCAAUAGGCGAUGAAGAAGAAAAUGCUGACGGUCAGAAUCGGGGCCGGCAGGACCAUACAUUGCCGUUCUUUCUCGAACCGCAAGAUCGUCUGGGUGAUUUUAUCACCCCAGUACGGCUGAAUGGAAACAAUUACGAUGAGUGGGCAAACGCUAUUCGUUUGGCGUUGAGAGCACAAAGAAAGUACGUCUUUGUUGACGGAACAAUUCAAAAAUCAACUCCUCCAUGGACGGAAGAUGACUGGUUGACAGUCCAGUCUAUGUUGGUGUCUUGGCUGCUCAAUACGAUCUCUAUAGACGUUAAACAAACUCUAUCCACAUACGAGAAUGCACGAGAAUUAUGGAAAGAUCUUAAAGAGCGAUACUCUGCUGUGGAUGGACCCAAAAUACACCAAGUCAAGACUGAUCUUGCGCGGUGUUCUCAAGACAGAGGGAUGACAGUGGGAUGAGUUGAAAAUCUAUUGGGGUGAGUUGAAUAACUACGAGCCUAUAAUUGAGUGCAAGUGUGGGGGGCUGUAAAUGCGACGUCGCAAAACAAAAUGAAAAACGGAGAGAAUCUGAACGUUUCCAUCAAUUCUUGAUGGGUUUGAACACAGAUUUCUUCGGCCAAAUACGUUCCCAGCUUCUCACUCAGGUUCCGCUACAGACGCUGAACCGGGCGUACCAACAGACCACUCAAGAGGAAAGGGUUCAUGGGAUGACUGUGAAUUCCGAUAUCCCUGAUGUGAUGGGAUUUGCUGUCAAGACUGAAGGACGAGGGGCUGGUCCCGGAACUAAACCUGACAAAGCAGGUCUGGUAUGUACUUACUAUAAGUACACUGGGCAUGACGUUACAAGUUGUUUUGAACUCAAAGGAUACCCCGACUGGUCGGGUGACCAUCCAAAGGCCGGAAAAAUAUCAGCUGGACGCGGCAAGGGUAUUGCUAAGGAUACUGGACGUGUGAAACCAGUUCGCGCACAUGCUAGAGUUGCUGAAACUAGUGGCAACUCAGCUACUUCUGCUGGGGAGAAAGCAACUGCCGGGGAACCUACGCCUCUGCCGGGUUUUUCAUCAGAAAAUGGAAGGCCUUGAUUACGGCUUUGGGUAAUCCCUAAUCCUCUAAUAGCCGCAUGACUGGAUCGAGUCUCGAGGAAGCUGAUUGGAGUGGAUGAGAGGAGGAAUGGAUUGUACUUUCUUCGAGAAACCAUGGCGGCACAAGCUUUGACUGUUGCUGGGAGGAAUCAGUUUUUAUUUUAUAAUUGGCAUAAACGUAUGGGACACCCCUCUGAAAAGGUGAUGAAUAAACUCGCUCAUAUGAGUGAAUUAAAAGGAUUAUUUACUUCACUUUGUGAUAUUUGUUUCCGUGCUAAACAAAAUAGGGAUUCUUUUCCCGAUAGUGAAAAUAAAACACGGAGUAUUUUUGAAUUAGUGCAUUGUGAUUUGUGGGGACCAUAUAAUACUUCUUCCUCAUGUGGUGCUAAAUUAUUUCUGACAAUUGUGGAUGAUUUUUCUCGGGCUGUGUGGAUAUAUCUAUUGAAACAUAAAAGAGAGGUUUUCACCAUGUUUAUGUCUUUCAUAGCUAUGGUGGAAAGACAAUUUUCAAAAAAGGUGUCUAUAGUCAGGAGUGAUAAUGGAACAGAAUUCAAUUGUUUGAAAUAUUUUUUUCGUGCUAGCGGAAUUAUUUUUCAAACUUCUUGUGUAGCCACACCUCAGCAGAAUGGGUGUGUUGAACGUAAACAUCAACACAUCCUGAAUAUAGCUCGUGCAUUGCGUUUUCAAGGUCACCUUCCAAUCAUCUUUUGGGGGGAGUGUGUUUUAACUGCUGCUCAUCUUAUUAAUCGCACUCCUUCUUCUGUGCUUGCAUUUAAAACUUCUUAUGAAAUUCUGUUUGGCUCCCCACCAAGUUACCAAUCAUUGCGCACUUUUGGUUGUCUUUCUUAUGCUUAUAACAUCAGAUCCAGGGGUGAUAAAUUUGCUAGAAGGAGUCGUAAAUGUAUUUUUGUUGGAUAUGUUUACGGAAAAAAGGGGUGGCAUGUAUAUGAUUUGGAUACUUGUGAGUAUUUUGUAUCCCGGGAUGUCAAGUUCUUCGAAAAUAUAUUUCCUUUUACUAAUCCCCCCUGAAUCCACCCAUGGAAGAUCUAGACAAUAUGGCAUCUACGGAUGACUUUGUUGGCUUAUAUGACGAACCAAAUGGUGCUUCACAUCAGUUGUCAGACAACACUCCUCCUGCGGUUCCUUCUGUGACCGAGCAGCCAUCUCCAGAUCAAUCUGUACCGGACUCACUGGUAGUGGAUCAUAAUGAGGCGCAUGAAGUUGUUUUGGGUCGGGGUCAGCGGGUUAAGCAUCCAUUUGUUCGUCUAAAGAUUUUGUCACUCACACGGUGGUUACACACAAUCCCAUUCCAUCUCACUCCACUCCCGAUGCUUCCUCAGGUACUCCAUUCCCUAUUUCACACUAUGUUAGUUGUGAUAAAUUUUCUAUGUCCCACCGGGUGUUUCUUGCAGCUAUUACAUCCACGAAUGAGCCACAGUCUUACCGUGAGGCUGUUACUGACGCUGGCUGGCGUGAGGCUAUGCGUGCUGAAAUCCAGGCACUUGAAAAAAAUUCCACAUGGACGUUGGUUACUCUUCCUCCUGAAAAACGAGCUUUGGGGUGCCGUUGGGUCUAUAAAAUCAAAUAUAAAUCUGACGGUAGCAUAGAAUGGCUCAAAGCUCGCCUUGUUAUCUUUGGAAACCGGCAGGUGGCAGGACUUGAUUACACUGAAACUUUUGCUCCUGGUGGGGGGAGUGAUAAUGGAACAGAAUUCAAUUGUUUGAAAGAUUUUUUUCGUGCUAGCAGAAUUAUUUUUCAAACUUCUUGUGUAGCCACACCUCAGCAGAAUGGGCGUGUUGAACGUAAACAUCAACACAUCCUGAAUAUAGCUCGUGCAUUGCGUUUUCAAUGUCACCUUCCAAUCAUCUUUUGGGGGGAGUGUGUUUUAACUGCUGCUCAUCUUAUUAAUCGCACUCCUUCUUCUGUGCUUGCAUUUAAGACUCCUUAUGAAAUUAUGUUUGGCUCCCCACCAAGUUACCAAUCAUUGCGCACUUUUGGUUAUCUUUCUUAUGCUUAUAACAUCAGAUCCAGGGGUGAUAAAUUUGCUAGCAGGAGUCGGUUCGUUGCCAAAAUGGUGACGGUUCGUGCUUUUCUAGCCGUUGCUGCCUGUAAGAAUUGGGAACUGUACCAAAUGGACGUUCACAAUGCCUUUCUACAUGGCGACCUUCAGAAAGAGGUGUACAUGACCUUACCUUCUGGCUAUACUACCCAAGAUUCUACUCUGGUAUGUCGUCUUCAUAAGUCCUUGUAUGGUCUGAAACAGGCACCCCGGUGUUCGUUCGCUACGCUUGUGGGCGCUUUGAAAGGUUAUGGAUUCAUUCAAUCUUUUGCUGAUUAUUCUCUAUUUACUCGUACUCGAGGCACCAUUCAGUUGAAUGUCCUCAUUUAUGUGGAUGAUCUUAUUAUUUCUGGCAAUAAUUCUGAUGCAAUUGCUUUGUUCAAAAAAUACUUGAAUGAGUGCUUUCACAUGAAAGAUUUGGGGAAAUUAAAAUUCCUUCUUGGUAUUGAAGUUGCACGCAGUUCUUCCGGUCUUUUUCUUACUCAACGCAAAUAUGCCUUAGACAUUAUUUCUGAGGUCGGAUUACUUGGUGCUAAACCGGCAGCAUUCCCCAUUGAACAGAACGCUGCACUUCGGGUCUCUUGCUCAGGCUACGGGACCCAUCCUCUCGGAUCCAGACAAGUAUCGUCGCCUCUUGAGCCGUCUUAUCUAUCUGGAAGUUACAAUACAUGACCUUGCUUAUGCGGUACAUAUAUUAUCUCAAUUCAUGUAGGCUCCGUGCCUUGAACACUGGAACGCUGCACUUCGGGUCGUCCGCUAUCUUAAAGGAUCGCCUGGUCAGGGCAUUCUUCUUCGUGUGGAUGGUGAUCUCACACUCGUUGGUUGGUGUGACUCUGAUUGGGCUGCUUGUCCUAUUACUCGUAAAUCUCUCUCGGGCUGGUUGGUCUUCCUUGGCCAUUCUCCCGUUUCAUGGAAAACUAAAAAACAAACUAUUGUGGCACGCUCUUCUGCUGAAGCUGAAUAUCGCUCCAUGGCCGCCGCUACUUGUUAAUUAAAGUGGCUUAAAGCUUUGCUUCUC